AUAUUUGAGCUUGUCCACUCUUGCCAAAUUUUGUAACCUUCUAUCCCCAUUUAAAACCCCCCAAAAACAACCACAAAGAAUACGUAACCUUUGAAGGGUUGCUCUUCCUCACUCUCUCAUUUUCUUGUUUACUCUCAUCAGGUGAUUCUUCUUCUUCAACAAUUAUUCUCACUUUAAUAUCUCAAAAUUAAAGAGAGUUAAUUUAAGCAAAGCAAUCACAUGAAUAUUGGAGUAUGGGGAGGAGCAGCAGCAUUGAGAUUAGUUUGGCGGGAAAGAAAAAAAUAACGUGAGGCAUAUAUACGUGGAGACCGUUAACAAAUUGACGGAAGCUGGGUCAUAAGUGCUUUGCUUUACCAAAAGAUGUGGACUAUUAAUGCUACAUACAAAAGCAAUAGGACCAUUUUGCCAAAAAUAUUGGACCAUUUUGGAUACUAUCCAACAUGUUAUACAAUUAUUACCAAUCGAGCCAUGUCACAAAAACUCAGUCCAAAUCCAACUUACGACGUCAUAAUCUUAGGCGCUUCAGGUUUUACUGGCAAACACGUCAUUAGAGAAGCUCUCAAAUUCCUCAACGUUUCAUCUUCCCCAUUGAAAAACUUAGCCAUAGCAGGCCGUAACGCUUCCAGGCUUUCCCGGGCUCUACAAUGGGCCUCCGGCCCGAACCCGCCACCCGAAAUUCCCAUUAUCGCCGCCGACACCAACGAUCCAUCUUCACUUCGUCACCUCGCUUCCCGGACUAAGAUCAUUCUCAACUGUGUCGGCCCGUUUCGCCUUUACGGCGAGCCCGUUGUUGAAGCGUGUGUUGAUUCGGGCUGCGAUUACUUGGAUAUUUGUGGAGAGCCUGAGUUUAUGGAGAGGAUGGAAGUGAAGUACCAUGAUAAAGCUGUGGAAAAUGGCUCGUUGGUUGUUUCGGCCUGUGGAUUUGAUUCUGUUCCUGCUGAAUUAGGAUGGAUGUUCAGUUCGAGACAGUGGACGCCGCCGGCAAUUUGCAGUACGAUUGAGGCGUACAUUAGUUUAGAAUCGGAUAAGAGAAUUGUUGGAAAUUUGGGGACGUAUGAGUCAGCCGUGCUUAGUGUGGCUAAUGCGGAUAAAUUACAGGAACUAAGGCGCUCCAGACCCAAGAAGCCUCGUCCUGUGAUUCUUGGUACUUCUUCUAAAGGUCCAAUGAUAAAUCACCUAAAAGAAGUUGGGCUUUGGGCUGUAAAGUUACCAUCAGCAGAUGCAACUGUGGUGCGGAGAACACUUUCAUGUUUGGCUGAAAAUCUUCAUGGUUUACCUGGUGUUAAUGAAAGCACUGAACAGAUUGAGAGGAGGGAGGAAUUUUGGUCUACCAUAAAGCCAGCUCACUUUGGUAUGAAGAUAGCUUCGAAAUAUCUGUUAGGUGUUGUUCGUUUCAUUACAGUAGGCAAGUUCAUUGCUCUCUUUGGUAAAACUGGUAUAGGCAGGUGGCUGCUCUUGAACUUCCCUUCAGUAUUCAGUCUUGGAUUUUUCAGGAAAAAAGGUCCAACUGAGGAUGAAGUGGCAAGUGCUACCUUUAAGAUGUGGUUUGUCGGACAUGGGUUUACUGAUGGGAGUCUUGCAUCACAAGGAAAUCGGAAACCUGAUAUGCAGAUAAUUACAAGAGUAAUGGGACCUGAGAUUGGUUAUUUGACAACUCCAAGCAUUCUAGUCCAGUGUGCCCUCAUAUUGCUCAAGGAACGAGACAGUCUUCCAAAAGGAGGUGUUUUCCCUCCUGGGAUUGUGUUUGGCCCGACAGACCUCCAAGACAGGCUUCAAAAGAAUGGGAUAUCUUUUGAUGUUAUUUCAAAGAAAACGGUAUAACGAAAUGGUAGUUCCCUGCAGUUUUUGUCAAAACCUUUUGAUGUUAUUUCACUUUCCAGGCUAACUCUAGAAUCCCUGGCCGUAUUCAUUUCUUCUUUAAUGUUCUUAGGUAACUGGAUAAGCUUUAUUUUGUUUGAAAAUUUAGUAGGUCUGUCAAGUCCUGUAUAUCUUGAUUUCUGGAUGAUCUGAGAAAAGGUUAGAGAUAAAAGCUUUGACUUGGUAGUAGAGGUUUCAAGUAGCAUAGUGAUGAAAUUCUACAUCUGUGUGAAGCUAGUCGGAAAAUGAACCAUUUGUCCCACUUCCAGGCCACUUGAGGGAAAUAUUACGUAAAAACUAGCUUUGCGGAGUUGAUGAUUGAAUCAAGCAUCAUGAUGGCUGGUGCAAAUAGAUGAGCUAGAUGCUUUUUUAACGAUUAAGGUUGUUCAUCUAACCAUUUAGGAAGAGAAGUGUUUUCACAAACGGAUUUGUGAUACUUGAAAGGUCCAAUUGGCAGAAACUGUGGAAGAGUGAUCAUUGUCCUACCACUAUUGAGGGCUUCAAUCGUCUCUGGUUCAAACCAGUGGAACGUGUUGGCAACAACACCUUUAACCUUGGAGACAGCUCGAAGGUUUGAUAUCAACCGCGUUGUGAAGAUAUUCUCUGGAUUGAAUAAAACAGGAGGAAUAUUUGACACUGAAAAUGAGGGUAAACUAGGAAGCUGCAAGUUGUUGCAACUGCCUUCAAGAGUCAAGUGGGGUAGGUGGGUAAUAAGAGAAUAAAAUCUAGCAGAAGUUAUACUUAAGAUGUAAUAGGAUAUAGACAAUGAUGGUUCAUCAGCAAGUUGAUCAACACAUUCUGCAGCAGCAAUGUCAAGAAAAAGAGCGGAAACUGGUGGAGAUAAAGAAGAUAGAAGAGGAGGAAGAAGAUGAACAGAACGAACAAUAGCCUCAAACUGGAGGGCAAAAGGAUCAUCGUGAGGAUUCGAUGAGUGGAGGGGAAUGACAUGAAAAUCAAGGCGCUGAAUGUGUGGAUGCGCGGAAAAGAAGCUAUUCAAAUGGUUAGAUUCAGCAGCGGAGACAGUAGGCUGGGCAGUGAGUAUAGUAACCUUACAAUUACGAGAAGCUAACAUGGCAGCGAGGCGAAGAGAUGGCAUCAAAUGCCCCAUUCCAGCACUUGGAAGUAGCGCGACAUGAGUUUCCAUCUUUCAAAAUCUAUCGAUUGAAGUUGUUGCUUGACCUGAGUCUCAGUUAAAAACGGUGAUGAUAUAGGUUUAAAAAACCUGAGAAUCUUUAUAUUUAUCGGAGAAGACUGGACUUUGUAAGCCUCACAUUCUACCUAACACAACAACCACCCUGCAUGUUGGUGGCUGUUAAUUGUUGGAAUCAUGUUUCAUUUAAGAUCUCAACUACCAUUUCUUUUUUUGAU